AUGAGUCAACCUCCUUUUUCUUUCGAGCAUGGGAAAGAAGAAGAACAUGAUUUCAAAGUAAACACUUCUCGUUCAUCAUCAACAACUUUUAUAAACGAAGACAUCACUGAGAAAGAAUUUUCAAAAUCAUCAAGAAGUCAGACAUUUGAAAUUUAUGAUCAAUUGUUGAUGGUAUGCGAACAAACAGGACCAAUUUUUGAAAUUGGUUUAGAUGAGAACAAUGAUGAUGAGGACAUUGAAUGCAGAUAUCAUCAAAAUACCUCGGAUUCAUGUGUUGAAAUGCAAGAUCAUGAUGAUCAGGUGACAGAUCUCAAAGAAAUGAAUGCCGAAGAAUUAUUUGAAAAUAAUCAAGCUUUAAACACUCAACAGUCAGACGAAAUACAAAAUGUCUCAAGCAAUGAAAUGGAGUCAACAUCUCCGAUUUCUUUGAGAGAGGAUGAAUGGAUUCCAAUCCGAAUUCAAUUGAAUUCGUUACAACAGCAAGUUAGCGAUUAUCAAACAGAGAUGAAUGGAGUGAAAGAACAAGUUCAAAAUCACAAACAAACCUGUCAAGAAUUAAGCUCAACCAUACUCUCUGCCAUUCAAAAAAUUGAAAUCGUUAUAGUAUUCCACGAAGAAAUGAAGUGCAUGAAAAAUUCAAUGGCUGAAUUGAAAGCAUCACUCCAAACUCUUGGAAACGAACAAGCCACAUUUAACACUCAGUUAGAAACAACUUGCCUCAAAGUAGAAUCUCUUUCGAAUUCAUUGAAAUUCAUUCAAGAGGACAUUUCUCCACAUGACAAUGAAAUUUCAAAAGACAUGACAAUUAAAUUGAACAUCCUCAUUCAAGAAAAGGAUGAGCUAUUGAAACAGCUUCAACAGUUGAAGGAUGAGAAUUCUCAACAAUAUGAAACCUUGAAAAUGGUACAAGAAAAUGUUCUCCAAACAAAGAACGUGACAGAAGAGUCCAUUUCCAACAUUCAAUCAGAGCUGCAACUCACAAAACACGAAAUGAAUUCUCAAAUCGAGUCGUUUCAAAAAGAAAUACACUCCAACAAGGAGAACAUGAUGGAGUUGAGAGAAUCAUUGAAUACGUGUCAAAAAGAGAGUUCAUAUGCUAUAGAUCAUGACACACUUUUGCAAUUUCAAACACUUCAAAAAGAUCAUGGUGAAUUGAGAACAUUUACACAAAGACUUGAACAAGAGUUGAAAGAGUCCAACCGUCAAAUCGCUCAAUUGAAACUAUUUAUUAUGAUCAUGCUUGCCAUUUUAGUGGUCUUGAUGGCCAUACCAGUGAUGAGAGUGGUGGUGAACAAUAGAGACAUUCUAAAUUUGGGUCAUCCAUGGAUUUAA